UCUUCCUUACUGCUCGGAUCAAACAGAAAUGGCAGAAGCUGCAGGAGCAGAACCGAGCCGCAGCCUGCCCCAGAACCCGCUGUCCCCGCGCCGCCGGACCGCCUAGAGGGUCCGCCGCCCAGCAGACAUGGCUCUCAGCUCGGGCGGCUGGGCUCCGCCGGCCCCGGUCCCCGCCUCGUCCCAGCAGCAGGCUGCGUGCGGCGGCGGCAGCGGCAGCGGCGGCGGCGGCGGAGGGCCCGCCCCGGCCGUCUGCUGCAGCACCGUGCUUAUGUCGGUCCGCGUCUCCGUGUGCAACUCCGGGAUCCGGCCUCUGUGUCUGCCCGGGGCGGGCAGCGAGGCUCUGCGGCUGCAGCUCAGCAUGGACCCGAGCCGGGCCGGAGAGUUCCGGCUGGCGCUCAGAGACACGAGUGGGAACCGCAGUGUGUUCAUCGCAGAGUUCGACCUGCGCUCGGUGCAAUACGAGGUGAAGUCGUCGCGCUGCCAUGAGAUGCGUCUCGCAGCUCCGCCUCACGACUGCAUCCGCUUCAACUUCCGCUGCGACCGGGAGGCAGAGGAGUGGGCCACCGUGGUCAUGUCCUCGCUCCGAGAGGCGCAUCGAGUUGCAAACAUCGGUGCGUUUGAAGCAGACGGUAAACCGAGCAGCACGGCAGCAGCGGCGAUGGAUCAGUGGAGCUCCGCCUCCCUGCCGCUCAGCGAGGAGCUGUGUCUGGAGCUUGCCCGGGCGAUCGAGGCCGGCGACACGCAGGCGGCCUCGCAGCACGCUUCGGCGCUGGCCCGGCAGAAGGUGGCGCUGACGAUACAGCUGUCCGAGAAAAACUACGCAGACGGAGAAAUCAGUUUAUCAGUGGUGGUGGAGGAUGUCUCCUCCUCCUGUUGUGUCACAGUGAAAGUGUUCCCCUUCAUGACCGUGGCUGCUCUCAAACAACAGGUGUUCCUGGAGUACGGCUUCCACCCUCGAGUGCAGCGCUGGGUCAUCGGUCAGUGCCUGUGCACCGAGCCGCGCUCGCUGGCCUCUUACGGCGUGCAGAGGGACGGCGACACGGCGUACCUGUACUUGAUCUCCGCCCGACAGGCCCGCAUCACACGCCAGCUGUUCCAGCAGGACCUGGAGAGCGCCCUCCUCGCCCCGCCCCUCCCCCUGGGGAACGGCCCCACCUCUCAGGACUGGAGGGGCUACAGCACCCUGCCCUCACGACUCCCCCACAACAACCAGGGUACGGGUGGAUCGACUGAGCGGCCGGGUGACAUCAAGGAUGUGCUCGACAUGGAGAAGCUGCAGCUGAACGAGCACAGCAGCAAAGCCAGUAAAACACAGCUGACUGAGUGGGCGUGUCCUUCCUGCACCUUUAUCAACAAACCGUCUCGUCCCGGCUGCGAGAUCUGCACCACGGCGCGACCCGACACACUGCAGCACAGCUGCAGCCAGCAGGAGAACGGGCGGCGAGAGGACCGAGGAGGAGAAGCAGCUCUGAGCAGCAGCUGACUGCCCAUCAUGGCCGCCGCCGUUUCACGUGUCAGUCACUCACACAUCAACACAAAGAGAGACACACAAGUCGACAACGUCCUAACAAGCAGACGAGAAGUGCACUGAAAGUCGUCUGAAGACUGUAGCUGCACCCACCGAGGCUCCAAAACACACAUCUGCAUCAGCCACACCGCUUCUCUAUUUAUUUUACAAGGUGUGUGUAUAUGUGUGUGUGUGAGUGUGUGUGUAUGUGUGUUGCACACAAAUAGCCUGAUUUGUUUCAGCGGUUGCAGCUGAAAUCGAGCUGAACCCGUCGAUGCCAAACGAUGGAGCAGCGGGAUCGUCGUUUACAGGGUUCGUCCAGUGCUUUUUAUUUUUUUAUAACAUUGUAUUGAGUGUCUUGUUUUUACCAAACUGCAGUCAUGUGAUCCGACUUUUCUCCCUCUGAGCUGUGACAGCAAAGGAAUGACCUGUUUCAUACAUUAAAGUGUAAAAACUCAUAUUAGCUGGAAAUUAAAGAAAAACUGACUGAAC